AUGGAUAAUUUAUGCUGUUUCCAGCUUGGAGGACGACGUUCUUCAAGUGGUUCUGGCAAGGGAAGAAGCCAUCAGGGGCCUGCAAAGUAUGGAUUCAGUUUAGUAAAAGGAAAAGCAAAUCAUCCUAUGGAGGAUUUUCAUGUUGCUAAGUUUAUACAAUUUCAUGGUCGCGAACUAGGACUAUUUGCCAUUUAUGAUGGGCAUUUGGGAGAUACUGUGCCAGCUUACUUACAGAAGCAUCUGUUUUCCAAUAUCUUAAAGGAGGAGGACUUUUGGACGGAUCCAAAUAGGUCUAUUGCUAAAGCCUAUGAGAGAACCGAUGAGGCAAUUCUGUCGCACAACCCUGACCUGGGACGAGGUGGAUCCACUGCUGUUACGGCAAUUGUCAUAAAUUGUCGACAUCUGUGGCUCGGAAUUAUAAACUUGUAUAGAUUGAAUCCCCACAUAGGAAUGGCCAAAGCGCAUCGCAGCGGCGCCGCUGGGAAGGUGGCGCUUCUCUUGAGCAGCCAUAUGGAAGGUGGUGAGCACAAUGGUGCCUCGCGAGAAAAGCACGGAUUUCAGAUCGCCACUUUUGAAUCGCCAUUACGGCUUGGGGAUUCGUUUGGGAGUGCCCGUGGGCAUGUCGGGGAUGGGACGGACAAAGGGGAAGGGACAGGAAUGGAGUUGUUGACUCGAACAUAUCCUUGUGUGGAUAAUAAUGAGGAUGCAAGAGGGUACCCCAUGGGUAUGUCGGGGAUGGGGCGGACAAAGGGGCAAGGACAAGGAAUGGAGUCCUCGACUUGA